CUGGUUCCACGCCGGGAAAACAUUUAUCAGACACGAAAUCUUUCUUAAUCUCCAAAACACCCCUUCAUUUCAGAUCAAACCCACAAUCCAAAUGCCUCAAAACCCCGGAUCAGAUCGGCAAUUUCCCUCUCCAAGAGGCCAUUUUCGUAAUUCCAUCUCCCCUUUACCUAUGUAAUGCUUAUGGUUGUCCAUGGAGGAGAUAUCUCAUUCUGAAACCUCAACAUUCCCUAAAUUUUUCGUUGCCAACAGAAGAAAAACGCAGAAAAGAUUGAAAAAAUAUGGUGGUUAUAACCGAAGAUUGAAAAGGAUUCAAGUUGUAAAAUAUUAAAUUUAUCUCACAAGUGCUGGAGGAUAUAAAUUAUGCCAGGUUUGGUUGUAAGGAAAGAGAUAAGUCAAAGUGAAUUUCUGAUUGAUAUUUUUCACAAAUUGGAGAGGAAAUUAAGCACUCGGACAGAUGAAUGUAGUUGGCAGAGUUGGGAGUCUCAUUUCUCAAGGAGUUUACUCGGUUGCCACACCAUUUCAUCCGUUCGGUGGGGCAGUCGAUAUAAUUGUUGUUCAGCAGCAGGAUGGGACCUUUCGGAGUACGCCUUGGUAUGUUCGGUUUGGUAAGUUUCAGGGCGUUCUAAAGGGUGCUGAGAAGAUCGUCCACAUAUCUGUCAAUGGCGUGGAAUCGAAUUUCCAUAUGUAUCUUGAUAACUCUGGCGAGGCCUAUUUCAUUAGGGAAGUCGAAACUCAGGCUGAUGGAGUUACAGAUGAUAUGGUUAAGGAUGGUGUGAUCAAUAAAAAUUUCAUUCUAACAGGUAGACUAGAGCAUAGUAUCUCAGAUUCUAGUGUUGUUCAGCUGCGAGAUGAAAGCAAUUCUUUGGCGGUAGCACGAAUGGAGAGGGCAGAAUCUGAUGUUGAGCACAGAUUCUAUGAUUUUCAGGAUGACCAGUCUUCUGUGGAGGAUUUGGUUGAGUUGUCAGAGAGUGAGUCUAAUCGAUGUGAUAAUUUAGAAAAUGAGAGUUGUGCUGAGUCACAGGCUACAGAUUCGGAGGUUAUCCUAGUUAGUGUGGAUGGCCAUGUACUGACUGCUCCGAUAUUGGCAACUGAACAAAAUUCAGAAGAUUUGCAGUUAAGUACACCUCAGUUUCAUUUGGGGCCUGGUGAAGGGACAGAAUUUUGUGAAGACAAUGAAUUUGCAGGUGAAGAUGUCUGGGCAGCUGAUUAUAUGAAUCAGCUGAAUACAUCUACAGAUAAGGCUACAUCUGAUAAAGUUGGUCGUUUGAGCAACGAGUCUAAUGAUUCUGGGCAUAAGCUAGAGGUUUCUGAAGUGGAGGUAAGACAUGUCUCUCAAGCUGAAGGAUCCUUGGGCACUGAACAUCAGGAAAAUGAUCUUCUUGUGGAGAGUGAUUCAGAAGAUGUCCGUGUUAUAAUUGAGAAGGAGAUUUUUAAGAGCUGUUUGGAACUAUCGGAAUUGGCCAAACUGGUUGGAGACACUGAUUCCGAAAAUGUCGUCUCUUCGUUGGAGGCUCAAUAUUUAGAGGGUAAAUUGAACGAGAUUGUUCCACCAGUCUCUGAUACCAAUGGGAGUAUUGUUGAUUCCAGAGAUACAAAUGGAACACAUUUAGGUAGUGAUUCUGAUAGCUCUGAUGUCAAUGUGGUGCCAGAUCUACUUGUUAAAGCUGGUGAAACCGAGGAAAACGUGUCUGGUGAAGAACAAGCCGCUUCAGACAACAAAUGUGCUGUUUCUGUUACUAAUAAUGAUCCUUUGAACAACGAACAAUUUGACACGAUCAAGGGAGUUGAAAAAGUGGACAGUGAUUCUCAAGGGCCUUUUGCUGAUGAUGAGUCUAGAAAGUUAGAGGAAUCUCCAGCUGAUGAUUUUUGUGCAAGAAUACAACCUCAUUUAACAAGGUUUGAAAUCUCGCUUUGUGGUAAUGAACUUCGUGCUGGUAUGGGCUUGCUUGCUGCAGCAGAAGCCUUUGACGCGCAUCGUGUAUCGGCAGAGGAAUUUGAAAAGUCGGCUUCGUCGAUUAUUAAAAAUGACAAUCUAAUUAUCAAAAUUGGAGAAAGGUACAUGUCGUGGGUGAAGGCUGCUCCUAUCGUAUUGGGCAUGGCUGCAUUUGGAAUUGAUUUAGAAGUGGAUCCCAAAGACACAAUUUCUGUGGAACAGGAUGACUCAUUGAACGAAUCUCCUAUCUCUGCCACUUCCUCCAGCCGAAGAUGGAGGCUCUGGCCAAAUCCAUUUAGAAGGGUUAAAACGCUCGAUCACAGUAACAGCAACUCAUCAAAUGAGGAGAUUUUUGUCGAUUCUGAAUGUACUUUACAGAGCUCACAAGCCGAACAAAGUCCAAGGUUGCAGAAUGGCGGGAAUGAGUCUUCUAAGAGGCAACUUGUGAGGACAAAUGUUCCAACGACUGAGCAGAUAGCGUCUUUGAAUCUGAAAGAGGGCCAAAACAUGAUAGCUUUUACUUUUUCAACCAGGGUUCUCGGGACGCAAAAGGUCGAUGCUCAUAUUUAUCUGUGGAAAUGGAAUGCCCGAAUUGUGAUUUCUGAUGUUGAUGGGACUAUUACCAAGUCUGAUGUGUUAGGUCAAUUCAUGCCUUUGGUUGGGAAGGAUUGGACGCAAUCCGGCGUGGCUAGACUUUUCACUGCAAUAAAGGAGAACGGUUAUCAGCUGCUAUUUCUCAGUGCACGUGCUAUCGUUCAGGCGUAUCUUACCCGAAGUUUCUUACUCAACCUAAAACAGGAUGGAAAAGCUUUACCAAGUGGACCGAUUGUUAUCUCACCAGAUGGACUGUUUCCUUCAUUAUUUCGAGAGGUGAUAAGAAGAGCACCUCAUGAAUUUAAGAUUGCAUGUUUAGAGGAUAUUAAGAAACUUUUCCCUCCUGACUACAAUCCAUUUUAUGCUGGGUUUGGGAAUAGAGACACAGAUGAGCUGAGCUAUCGAAAAGUUGGGAUUCCGAAAGGAAAGAUCUUUAUAAUUAACCCCAAGGGGGAAGUAGCAAUUAGUCAUCGCAUUGAUGUCAAGUCUUACACAUCUUUGCACACACUCGUUAACGACAUGUUCCCACCGACUUCACUAGUUGAGCAGGAAGAUUUUAAUGCGUGGAAUUUUUGGAAAAUGCCAUUGCCUGACGUUGAGUAGCCAUUGCCUAGAGAAGAUUGGUUUCUACAGAGAAAAAAAGAUCAAAGUGGCUUUUUCUUCCACAAAAGGCAGACAAGUACUUGAAAUUCUUCRCUUUUUCCAUGUUUUCUUCCACAAGUAAUUUUGACAGACAGCCACUGGAGCAGUGUUUGAAGCUGUAGCUAUUUGGUUGGAUCAAGCAAGUUCCUAYGAAAUAAAAGUAAAGUUAUUAGUUGAA